AUGGCGCGAUUUCGGGUGGUAUAUUUUCUUUCAUUUCUAUUCUGCCUCGGGCUAUGUCAGGCAACGGCCGUCGACUUUCUUCAACGGGCGCAGGAUCUCAAGGCUGGGCUGGAACUGUUGAAAGAAGCAUCGGCAGAGUAUUUCAAAGAGACCGCAACCGACCUCGACACAGGUUCAGACCCAGAGUAUCUGGUCCCUCGUGACCCUCAAUUCGGUCCUCCCGGUGGAAUACGACCAGGCGGCUUCGGUAGUCCUCGACCUCCUUGGGCUGGCGGUCCAUUUUUCCCUCCUCGGCCGCCUAAUCCAAACCCAGCUCCCACUACGCCCGAGGAUUUUGCUAGACAAGUGGCUGAGUUGAUUGAUCAAUUGGGAAAUUCUUUGGAGGCUCUGAUUUUGUUUUUGAGAUCCAACUUUCCAACUCUUCCUCCUACGACGUCGACUCAAUCGUCAUCGAUUACUUCUUCUUCUUCGUCUAGACCUUCGACCAGCUAUUCGACGACAACUAGUGUUUCCAGUACAUUGGUGACGACAACGACGACGACUUCAACUGUGACUUCGGCUUCGACAUCUGGUAUCACUGAAUCAACGAUAGAAUCAAGCAGUGCUACCAUAACUUCAACUUCUACAUCGUUCGGCAGCACUACUUCAACAUCUAUCUCGACAACAUCAGGUUCUGAAAGCACCACUUCGACAAAUUCAUUGUCGAGUACCUCAACGACAUUGGACAUUACGUCUUCGACGACUGUAUCAGAUGACACAAGAAGCACUACGACUAUAGACCCCGGGACAGCAACAACCACCGAUCAAACCUCGUCAACUUCUAGCGACGUAACCACGACUACAAGCGACGAUGUCACAAGUACAUCGGAUUUUAUGAGUACGACUAGUAGUACCACAAGUACUACAUCUGGGAUCGAUGAAACGACGAUAUCUACGGCAAUUUCCACGACGAGUGAAGAUGACACAACUACAACAACGACCAAUUCAGAGGCUACAACGACAACUACUUCGGUAGACGAAACAACAAGCACUAGCCUUGAUGCCUCGAGUACAACCAGUUUCGAGUCUACCACUACCACGAGCCUUGACGAUAUGACUACAGGCACGACCACGACAAGUAGCAGCAUUGACGACGAGACUACAUCCUCCACUACCAUAACCACUCCAACCACGACUAGUACAGAAACGACAACCGUGUCCAGCACAAGUUUUGAUGAAAGCACAACAGAUCCUCCCAUCACCACAUUUACGACCAGUACCAGUGCCACAGAAACCUCCUUGUCUACGACCUCAAGUGACGACGAAGGGACGACGAGCUCAAUUACAGCAGUAUCCUCCACAUUUUUUUCGACCAGUGACGAAAGUAUUAUGACAACUUUUUCUGACACUACAUCGACAACCAGCACUUCGAUUUUUACUGAUGUCACUUCCACAACCACUGACGGAGAGACUACAACCUCGACUACUGAACCCACAACCACUGCCACCACAACAGAGACCACUUUUGUCUCUACGACCGAGAGUGCAACGACCACGUUUUCUGACACCACAUCGACCGUCACCACCACGGAAGAAGAUACCACAACGACCACGACCUCAGAUACCGAGACAACAACGACCACUACUACUUCCACCACAACAUCAUCAACGACCAGUAUCCCCACAUUCAACCCGCAAGCACGGAACCUAAACGCCGCAUACUACGGCCAAACGCCACUAACACAAAACGUUCCACUAUCACAAGUAUGCGCCGACACAAGCGUCGACAUCGUGAUCCUCGGAUUCAUCACAACGUUCUACAAUGGGGCCUAUCCGACCCUCAAUAUGGGAUCACACUGCUGGGCAGCGACGUCGGCACAACUAGCCGCGAAUGGACCAGGACUUGUCGACUGUGUUGGAGACGGAUUCGCAGCUCAAGUCGCGCAAUGUCAGAAUCAAGGUAAAAAAGUCAUGCUCAGUAUGGGUGGGGCGGCUGAAUAUUCGGAUCUGGCUAUUCCAAGUCCUUCGGCGGCGGUUGAUCUCGCCUCGACUUUGUGGAAUUUGUUCCUGGGUGGUGAUGAUGAUACGAUUGCUCCGUUGAGACCUUUUGGAGAUGUUGUCUUUGACGGCCUGGAUUUUGACAACGAAGAUCCAGCCAACAGCGACAACCUAGCCUCUCUGGCAACGGCACUACGAAGCCUGAUGGACGCGGACCCGCGACCAUUCUACCUAUCAGCAGCGCCACAAUGCCCUUAUCCUGACUUAUCUGUACCAGUUCCGCAAUUCAUCUCAACAAUCGACUUUUGGUUCGUGCAAUUCUACAACAACCCAUCCUGCCAGGUAGAUGCCGGUCCUGGCUUCCUAGCCUCAUUGCAACUAUGGUCUGAUACACUGGGGGCCGGGUCCGGAUCUCCAGAUAAAAAGGCGAGAAUGAAGCCACGCUUCGUGUCUGGAUCCGGGCCUGGUGGUCAUCAGCUUCAACAUACCCACCGUCGCCCAUCGCAGCAUCCACGACACCGACCUGCAACUGACGUUGAUGCUACAAAUCCAUUCGACGUGCCUGUGUUGAAAAGUAUCGAUAGCAGAAGUGUCAAUAACGGUGUGACGUCUCCACUGUUGUUUAUCGGCACAGCAGCGUUCAGCUGGGACACAGGCGGUGGCAGCAGCAACGGCUACGUGACGCCAUCGGCAUACGCGGCGAUUUUGCAGGAUGUCAAGAAUCUGAAUCUUCCCAAUUUGGCCGGUGCUGCCUUUUGGGACGGUGCUUAUCUGGUCACUGGUGUCGAGAUCGUCGAUGGAGAGCCUAGAACGCUAGCGGAUGUCGUGAAAGACGUCUUGCGUCCGGAAGCUUUGGACGACGACGAUGAUGAUGUUGAUCCUCCUCUAGAUACGAGGAGGAAGAGAUCCAUGUCGAAUGAGAGCGAGACUGGAAUGAAGCGAUCGGCUGAUGUGGUGGACAGGAAACCCAAGCAUAAGAGCAGAAGGAAGGGUCGCAACAAUAACAACAACUUUGAUCAGGUUGAUGAAGCGGCCAGUAUGUGGAGGGGACGACGGAGUAAGUGAGGCUAGCAGGCACUUUAUGAAUUACUGUGCGUAUACACAGGCAUUGCUAUUCGGACUGAUUGAUUUACUUCAUUCAUGGAUUGAUCGAGCGACCAGUCUGUUGAUAAACGCUACUGAGUAUUUUGACGAUAUUCUAGACUGUGGGUGGUAUUGGAUCUGCCCUGGCUUGUUGGUUGUUCGGAUUCGUUUCUAGUGUUACUUCU